GUAUCAUGUGGACUCGGAGUUUUGUGUGCAGUAGUAUUAGCCUUUCUUCUUCAUCUACAGCCUCCUGAAAUAACAGAAAAUAAUGAAAACAAGAACAUAUUGACACUGAGUGUGUUACGGGCACUACCUGGAUCCUACUGGCUUUUUCUGCUGACUGUUAGCUUUACUGCUGUAUGUUGGAUCGUAAAACAGACCAAUUUACCAGUUUAUUUGGAAUUACGACAUGGAUAUACGAUGACGGAGGCCAGUCACGUUGCUGGUAUUGCUCCAUUUACUACCAUAGUGUGCCCUUUUUGCUGUUUGUUACUGCAAAAACUUGACUGUGACGGGAUCAUACUUACAAUUCUUAUAGUAUGGAUUUCGUGUUUAUAUGCUUUACUUGGUUUUUGUCCUGGUUUCAACAUUAUUCUCUUGUCAUUGGCUGACGGGAUAGUUGUAAGUUUGAUGUCGACCAUGUCGUGGCAGGUUCUCGUGGUCCUGUGCCCAGCCUCGUAUGUAGGAUCGCUUUCCGGUGUGGUGUAUUCAUUGAGGAAUUUUACAACAGCGCUCGUCUUCAUUGCAGCUGGUUAUAUGCUGCAGAGGGGUAACAUGACAGACAAGGACGAGGCAGUGCAUCACUACCAACAUAUGUUCAUUAUGUUACUUAUCCUGUCGGCGACGGGGAUAAUAAUUGGAGUUGUGAUGAAUGUAAUGGAUAUCCGAAAGGGUGGCGCUUUGAAUACCAGGAUACGCAAAUGGCAACAAUCUAAUGUGGAAAACAUAGAACUCAUAUCGAAGACAGAGCCAUCCAGCGAGUACGGUGGAAAUAGCGACACCAAAGACAGUGAUGACUUUUAAUUAGUGGAAACUGAAAAAUAAAUUUUCUCAGAUUAA